AUGACGAACUUGAUGAAUUACUAAUGGAUGCUGAAGCAGACAUCAUGGAAGCAAGGUUCACCAGGGACAGAAACCCAAGAUACGAUAGCGAAGCAAAUCAAUAUGAAGACAAACUAGAGGACAAAAUGUUCAACAGAAUCUUCAAGAAGAUUAAGGCUAAACAAGAUGCUGAAGAUCUGAUGGACGAAGACUACCAAGAACACAAAUGGAUAACUGCCAAUGAGGACAUGGACUACAAAGACGAAUACGAGUCUGAACUAGACGAUGAAGAGACCAAGCAAAUGUUAGACGAACUGGUAGCUGAGUUAGUGAAACUUGGAAAACCAGACAAAGAAGAGGUUCUGUUCGAGUUUGAUGACGACGCACAAGAAGAUGUGGAAGUUGAAUCAGAAGAGGAAGAUGGUGUCGCUCGCGCAGGAGUGAGAUUCGCGGACACAGAUGAUGAUGAGUCCAACACGGAAGGAAUUGUAAGAAGCUACAGUGACGACGGUGUCGAAGUUGGAACGAAACGGGUACUUUGCCCAAGACACAAUCGAUCCUACUUCUCGCAAGGGGUAAAAAUGAGACCCACUUAG